UCGUCGCUAUCGAUUUCCAAAUCAUGUGUAACCUUAAAUGUUUUUUUUUGUACACAAACUAAAUAAAUGAGACUAAAAUUACAUUGCGUUAAAACAAUUAACAACACUAGUGUGGAUAUCCCCAUUAUUGCAUAGGUAUGGAUGGAAAUAGUGAUACACUACUCAUUAAAAUCGAGCCAAAACAAGAAAAAGAUCUUCAUUCCUUUCUUCAGGGACACAUUUCAGUAAGCAAUGAAUGUUUGGUGGCAAUAAAGGAGGAAACUACUAUUAGUACACCAUGCUCUAAAUCUCUUGUUAAUGAAGAAGCGUUAACUGUGGAAGAGGUACAGCAACACUCCGACUUUAAAUGUGCUAAUUGCGAUUAUGGGACAAAUAUUAAACGGUACUUCAAACAACAUCUUGUAAGACAUAAAGUUACUAAGGAUUUGAAAUGUGCUACUUGUGAUUAUGGGACAAAUGAUAAACGCACUUUAAUACAUCUUUUAAAACAUAAAGUUUCUAUGGAUUUUAAAUGUGCUACUUGUGAUUAUGGGACAAAUAAUAAAUACCUCUUCAAAACACAUCUUUUACAACAUAAAGUUUCAAAAGAUUUUAAAUGUGCUAAUUGCGAUUAUGGGACAAAUAUUAAACGGUACUACAACCAACAUCUAUUAAGACAUAAAAUUUCUAAGGAUUUUAAAUGUGCUACUUGUGAUUAUGAGACAAAUGAUAAAAGCAAUUUAAGACAACAUCUUUUAAAACAUAAAGUUUCUAAGGAUUAUAAAUGUGUUACUUGUAAUUAUGAGACAAAUAAUAAAUAUCUCUUCAAAGGACAUCUUUUAAAACAUAAAGUGUCGAAGGAUUUUAAAUGUGCUAAUUGCGAUUAUGGGACAAAUAUUAAACAGUACUUCAACCAACAUCUUUUAAGACAUAAAGUUUCUAUGGAUUUUAAAUGUGCCACUUGUGAUUAUGGGACAAAUAAUAAACAUCUCUUGAAAGUACAUCUAUUAAGACAUAAAAUUUCUAAAGAUUUUAAAUGUGCUACUUGUGAUUAUGGGACAAAUUAUAAAGGCAGAUUAAAACGACAUAUUAAAAUCCAUAAACUUUCUAAAGAAUUUAAAUGCCCUACUUGUGAUUUUGAGACAAAUGAUAAACGCAACUUAAGACACCAUAUUUUAAGACAUAAAGGUCAUAAAGUUUCUAAGGAUUUUAAAUGUGCUGAUUGUGAUUAUGCGACAAAUCUUAAAGAGAGGAUCAAACAACAUCUUUUAAUACACCAAGUUUCAAAGGAUUUCAAAUGUGCUAAUUGUGAUUUUAAGACAAAUGUUAAACGCUAUUUCAGCCGACAUCUUUUAAAACAUAAAGUUUCUAAGGAUUUGAAAUGUGCUACUUACUUAUGAUUAUGAAACAUAUAUAGAGGCCCUCAAACAUCUUUUAAUACAUAAACUUUCCAAGGAUUUUAAAUGAGCUUCUUGUGAUUAUGGGACAAAUGAUAAAAGUAACUUUAAACAACAUCUUUUAAAACAUAAGGUUUCCAAAGAUUUUAAAUGUGCUACUUGUUAUUGUAGGAUGGUACUUAAGACAGUAUCUUUUAUGACAUAAAGUUUGUAAGGUUUUUAAAUGUGCUACUUGUGAUUAUGGGACAAAUUAUAAACGCAGCUUAAAAAACAUCUUUUAAAACAUAAACUUUGUAUGAAUUUUAAAUGUGCUAAUUGUGUUUAUGGAACAAUUAAACGCUACUUCAAACGACAUAUUUUAAAACAUAAAAUUUCCAGAGAUUUUAAAUGUGCUACUGGUGACUUUGGGUCAAACGAUAAACGCAACUUGAGACAACAUCUUUUGAAACAUACAGUUUCUAAUGAUUUCAAAUGUGCUAAUUGUGAUUAUAGGACAAAUGUUAAAUGCUACUUCACCCGACAUCUUUUAAAACAUAAGGUUUCUAAUAAUUUUAAAUGUGCCGAUUGUAAUUAUGAGACAAAUGUUAAACGUUACCUCACACGACAUCUGCUAAGUCAUAAAGUUUGUAAGGAAUUUAAAUGUGCCACUUGUGUUUUUCGAACAAAAAGUAAAACCUAUCUUAAACAGCAUCUUUUAAAACAUAGAAGAAUCUAAAAUUUUAAAUGUGCUAAUUGUGAAUAUGACAUAAAUAAUAGAUUGAGCAAUAUCUUUUGGGAUAGGUACAAUAUUAGACGGAAUAAUCACAGGUGCUACCUUUUAUUCAAGUACCUUUUAAAUAGGGAUAGGUACAUUAUUUUUGUUACUGCACUAUUAUUACGGUCUUAAUUAUUAUCUGUUUAAAUAAAUCAAACAACUGAUUUUCGAUUA